GGCUGUACAGUGUAAUUUUUCAAAGUAAAAGGCGUGUCAAAAUAUCGAAAUUUGUCUUAAAUUCGUUCUUUGCCCAGAUUUAAUUUCAAUCCUGCACAGUCAAGUCAAGAACUCACAUAAAAAAUCCAGUAAAAUGGUGAUGUUAGAAUCUUCGGCAGCUGUCGCCGUCCAAAUUCCAUCGCGGAACUUCAACCGCCCGUUCUCACAUUGUUGUGGAUUAUUUAUCCCACGGAGAGCAGUUGCGGGGUUGAUGGAAACUUAUUGCGGGAAGAGGUACGGGAGGGACAAUACAGUCAUUAGGGCUUCCGCUAAGGAGCAAUUCAGCUCUAAGGGAUCGGAGCAGUUGAAGCAGCGCUCAAAGCCAAUGAGAUAUCAUCCGUCCGAGGACAUUGUGGAGCCGGAAUUGAUGGAGGGCCGUGAAGCUAGACUUACACCUGCUGAAACUAGUAGAACAAUCAUUGAGGUUAACAGCAAAGCAACACUUAUGUUUACAGGUUUAGUCAGCAAUGAGGCACAUGAGAACAUUUUCUGGCCAGAUUUGCCUUACAUAACUGAUGAACAUGGAAACAUUUACUUUCAAGUCAUGAAUGAAGAAGACAUUCUGAAGACUCUGGCAACCGAAGAAAACCUUCUGCAAGUUUUUAUUGGCUUAGAUACCGCAGAAGUGAUAACUGAAAUGCAGUCAUCAGGCCAAAUAGGUAUUGAUUUUGGCAUUGAUGAAUUUGAUAAUGAGGAUAUUGGUAUUGAUGAUGAAGACUGUGAUGAAGAUGAGGAUGACGAUGACGAUGUCAAUGACAAUGAUUAUGAAGAGGGAUGGGUUGCGGUCCUUGACCAGGAAGAAGACACAGAUGAUGAUUCUGAAGGAUCACUUGGAGACUGGGCUAAGUUGGAGACAAUGCGGUCUUCUCAUCCUAUGUACUUCUCGAGAAGGCUUUCUGAGGUUGUAAAUGAUGAUCCUAUAGAUUUCAUGGAACAGUCUCCAGUAGGCCUAGUUAUACAAGGAAUUGUAAGGCCAGCCUUCCUUGAAGAACAUACUGUCAUCCAAAAGCAGAUCUCUGACAGCAGAACCAUUGAUGCUGAUUGGAGCCGCAUUGCAGAAUCUGCAGAUUGCAAUGAAACAACUAUUGUUCCAAUAAACAUUCACAGACAGAAUAGUGGAUCAGAUCAAGAUGACCCAAAAUGUACUGAGAAGUUGGAGAAGGAUGAAAACCUUGGAAAUGGAACCUCAUUUUACAAGCUAGAAGUGGUUAAGAUUCAUUUUAUUUCUUCUCAUGGACAUCAGACUUGUAUUGAAAUAGAAGAUUUUCAAAGAGCUCAGCCUGAUGCAAUUGCGCAGCCAGCUGUAAAAAUUUUGUCUCGUCUCAAAGCUGGUGGACAAAAGACCAUUCAAGCUCUCAAAUCCUUGUGCAUGAGAUGCAAGGGUAUACAAGUUGAGGAAGUAGCUCUGAUAGGUCUGGAUAGCCUUGGCAUUGAUGUGAGAGUUUGCUCUGGAAUACAAGUUCAAACAUUACGCUUCCCAUUCAAAAAGCGGGCCUCCUCGGAGUAUAGUGCGGAGAGGCAACUGAACAAUCUACUAUUCCCAAGGCUCCAAAAGAUGCAACUGAGGAAAGAAGCUCAGCAAACUGAAUCUUGAUGAAGUUCUGAACUGCCAGCUGUGACUAUGCGUCAGGUUGUGUACCCUGGCUUAGAAUAUUGUACAUAGUAGUAUCAAUGGGCGUUUCUCUGUUCCAGUUUCCUUUCUUCCUAUAUUUAUUUUUAUUUCCAUUUUCCAGCCCUGAAUAUAUUGAAUGUAACUCUUCAUAAUUGUAUACUACUAGUUACCCCCGGUGCAAGUGUACAGCAUUAUAACAGCAUUAUAACAUUUGCGGAUUUAUUUAAUACAUACUUACAGAGCUGCAAAGGAUGUGCA